UUUUUUGACCCAGGGGCACCCCCACCAUUUAAGUUGUCUGAUAUUAGGGCAGCUAUUCCUAAGCAUUGUUGGGUCAAGAAUCCAUGGAAAUCUAUGAGUUAUGUUGUGAGGGAUGCUGCUAUUGUAUUUGGAUUGGCAGCUGCGGCUGCUUAUUUCAACAAUUGGGCUGUUUGGCCUUUGUAUUGGUUUGCUCAGAGUACUAUGUUUUGGGCUCUCUUUGUUCUUGGUCAUGAUUGUGGACAUGGAAGUUUUUCAAAUAACCACAAGUUGAAUAGUGUCGUUGGACAUAUCCUUCAUUCUUCAAUUCUUGUUCCUUACCAUGGAUGGAGAAUAAGUCAUAGGACACAUCAUCAGAACCAUGGACAUGUUGAGAAUGAUGAGUCAUGGCAUCCUAUACCUGAGAAGAUUUACAAUAGUUUGGAUCUUGCCACAAAGAAAUUAAGGUUCACUCUACCCUUUCCCUUGUUGGCAUACCCUUUCUAUCUGUGGAGUAGAAGCCCUGGAAAGAAAGGGUCUCACUUUGAUCCAAACAGUGAUUUGUUUGUUCCAAGUGAGAAGAAAGAUGUGAUGACUUCAACUCUGUGUUGGACAGCAAUGGCUGCAUUGCUAGUGGGAUUGUCCUUUGUGAUGGGUCCUUUCCAAGUGCUUAAGCUCUAUGGCAUCCCCUAUUGGGGCUUUGUCAUGUGGCUUGACUUAGUUACCUACUUGCAUCACCAUGGUCAUGAUGAUAAACUUCCUUGGUACAGAGGAGAGGAAUGGAGUUAUCUUAGAGGAGGGCUUACAACGCUUGAUCGUGAUUAUGAAUGGAUCAACAACAUCCACCAUGACAUAGGAACACAUGUGAUACAUCAUCUAUUCCCUCAAAUUCCACACUAUCAUUUGGUGGAAGCAACUGAAGCUGCUAAGCCAGUGUUAGGGAAGUAUUAUAAGGAGCCAAAGAAGUCAGGGCCUCUACCAUUUUACUUGUUGGGAGUUCUCAUAAAGAGUAUGAAGCAGGAUCACUAUGUGAGUGACACUGGUGAUAUAGUAUAUUAUCAAACUGAUCCCCAACUCUCAGGGUCUCAGAAAUAGAAUCCUAUACUACAAUUUAAAAGCAGGUGAUUCUUUUUCACUAACACUAUGGCCAUUCAAGUUUGUAAUCACAACUACAAAG